AAUCAACGACACCAAGCCAAUCACCUACAAAGAUUUCAAAAUUGCUAACCGAUAUACCUCUUUCUAAUAAUAACAACGAUAAUAACGCUUGGAAUAAAAAUAUUAUAAAUGAUAUAUCCUUUUCAUUUACAAAAGUAGAUUAUGAUCAAGAAAGUUUAAAGAAAAAGAGUAAAUCAUUUGAAGAAAAUCUAAAUGGUUACAUAGUUAAUGCCAAGAAAAAUAUGGAAUCUAAAAGACAUCUUUGGCAAAAUACUAUAACAAGCAAUAAAGGAGAAAUAACAAAAUUGCAAGAAGAAAUUAAACAAUUUGAAAAAAUGCCAUUAGAAAACGAAAAAAAAGAACUUUCAAAAAUACAAAUUGAAAUUACGAAUCUUAAAUUAGAAGAAAGUUCCAAAAAUGAAGAAAUUAUUGUGUUGAAAAAAAGAAUUGAGAGAGUCGAAGAAGAUAUUAAGCAACAACGUGAAGCAUUGCUAGAAACACAACUCUCGAAAAGCUCCCCAGAAUUAAACAUCUUUACUGAUAAAUUGGCGUUAACAAUGGCACGUGUACGAGGUACUCAAAUUUGA